AAGCUGUGUUAGCUCCGACAUGUGGACCCUAAGCAGCAACAGGAAUAUUCGGAAAAUAUAACAACUGGGCCAACAAACACCACUCUGUAGACUAGAACUACUGUUACUGGAGCCCACUAUGGAGGAGUCAGUGCUGGUCCGCUGUGACAGUCUGGACACAGCGUCUCUGAGUGAGAGGGACUUGAUGACUCCCGUUGAACACCUGUCGUACCACCCAGAGGCUCCUGACCCCGCCCUGGGCCCCGAGCCGACCCCCGCGGAGCUCGCCCAGUGUGAGGCCGAGGUGGGCACCCUCCUCAGCAUCAUCGCAGAACUCAACAAAAAAAUGGGCUCUCUCAAGGCUCCAAGUGAUCCUGGUGAACUGAGAUCAUCAGCCGCUUCCAGGCCUUUGGUUCCAGAUCUUUUAUCUCACAGACUCAAAAACCCAGAGAGGAAAACUGUGGAGACUGCUCUAUCUAAACCUACGAUAAUGGACAGAGGGGGCGGAGGCAUUGUAUGGUCCAAACUGCAGGAUGUGUUGUCUUCAGUGGAGGACUCGAUCAGCUUCAGGAGGUCCUGGGCUGCUCCCAUCGCAGCAGUUGACCUGAACAAACACAAGGAACAUCUGAGAGCAGCACACGAGAGUUCUGCCAAGGCCAGACAGAUUUUGGAGGACAUGGAGAGAGAAUUCGGAAUUUCCUGCACCACAGUUUUCCAGGACGAGGUUUCUGAAGUGGACAAGCGUGACUUCACGUUCAGUGCUCUUCAAAGCCAACAGGGGGAGCUAGAGAGAGCACGCAGCAUCAGCCUGAUAGACGAGGACAGAGACAAGCUGGUAAACCUGCACAGAGCCUGGAGGUCUGGCAGGCACUCCCCUUCCUACAGGCCCAGUGCGAUGUCGUGUGCUGGGUCAGUCAGUCCAGACUGGGCCUCUCCUCCGUACCCCGGGUCCCCUCUGCUCCAGCGCAGGACCACCCGAGGACCACCCCCUCUGCCUGGGCCUGGGGACCUGUCUCCUCUCGGUUCUGGGACAUCCAACAGUCCAUGUACCAGCCCCAUAGGCCCAGAAGUGGAGAUUGAGAGACUCAACAGGCUUAUUGAGCGUCUGAAGAGCAGAAAUGAGCGUCUGUCUUUGGCCUUGGAGCGAAGGAAGAGUGAAGCGGAGCACAUGAGCCUCACAUUAAACAGACUGGAGUCAGACUGCUCUGCUCUACAGCUGGCCCUAAGAUACUGUGAGGAGUGUGAGGAGGCCUACGCAGAGCUGCUGUCACUUUACGAGGUUAAGACUCACCAAAGCAUUCCUGACGGGACGGGCGCAGCAGAAGAAGCUGGCCACGCUCCAAAUGAUCUGCUUGACACGGAGGAGCUGUGCACGUCUUUCUCAACUGCAGGGGGUGCCGUGGAGGAGAUACAAAUACAGAGGACACCUGAGGAGGAGCGCGAGGUUGGUCUGCGUCAGCACAUCGAGCGUUUGAAGAGAGAGCGUGCAGCCAUUUGCCUCCCCAAAGCAGGAGCGGCCCAGUGCAAGAUGAUCCCUGACAGCGGCCCAACCCCGGGGUCACGAACCGGACACGCCAGCAGAGACAGGGCCAGUGACACCAAGAAGGAGAAGGCUUCCCUCUUCUAUGAGCUCAUCUCUGUCAGGGAGGAGAUGUCUGACCUGCGCGCUCUGAUUCGCCUUAAAGAGAAGGAGCUGCGCUGUAUCGAGUGGAGUCUGAUGGCCCAGAAAACACCGGACGCAGCUGGAGCUUUCAUCCCAGAGAGAGAGGAGCCAGAGGAGCACAAGAGCCAGCAACAGAGGCUGUGUGAGGUGGCAGCUAAACUGGGCCCUGACGGGGACCUCUCCAGACCCAUCCUCAAGGAGCUGCAGGCCGUUCUUCACAGGGAACAGGCCUUAAAGAAAAGACUGGCUUUAGUUCAAGAUUCAAUGAACACAGCUUUACCAGACAGCAGCCCUCAGAGGAGAGACAGUGGAGAGGUGGCACGGCUCACCCAGGCUCACAGUAAAGCUCUGAGCUCGUACCGUCAGAUCCGGAGGAAGUACAGGGAGCAUGUGUGGAGACUGGAGCAGAAGGUGGCGGCCAUGAUGGAGACCCAGCAGCAGCAACAGCAGCAGCAGCAGCAGCAGCAGCAGCAGCAGCAGCAGCAGCAGCAGCAGCAAAGCACCACUCAGCAGUUCUCAUCACAGCAGAGCUCAUCACAGCAGAUCUCAUCACAGCAGAGCGGGGCCAGUGCGAUGUCAAACACUGUGGCUGGAGACAAUGCAGACUGGAGAAGAGAGGAGACAGUGUUAUAAAUAUUAGGGUGAUAGGACUUGUCAAGAUGUAAUUUGGUCCCAGUGUCACUUUGGAACAUCUGCUACUUUGGAACACCUGAGUCCUGGUAUUUCAUAUAAGCUACUUCAGAAUACUUUAAAGACAUAUUAUGCUUUUGUCUGCUAUAUAGUUAUAAUAUGACAAAUCUUAUUGGAUGGAUCUUUAUUUAAAGGUGCACUGUGUAAUUUUUCUUGAGGAGAGCCCACCAACUGUUACUGUUUUGCCUGGAAUGUUCCACAGUAAAGCAUUAAACUCAUCUAUCUUCAUGAAGAUGAGCAGAAACAAAACUAGGCCAAGAUACAGGUCAGGUCUGUGGAGAGGAGUAUCAGAGUAAGAAUGGUACAUGGUAUUUUUGAGCAGUAAAAACAUCAUUAAUGGAAUAAAUGCAAAAUAGAGAAGUUUAAUAGCGUACUGUGGAACAUUAUGAAACAUUUUAGAGAAAUGCUGUCUUAAAUACAGGAGAAUACAGAUUACUCAAACAUGCAUGAAUCAUUCACAUUACAAAUUGAAUGUGUAAAUGAGAAGGGAAAAGAAUUUGUUAAGGGCUCUUAAAAUACAAUUUUGCAUAAUGUCUCCCUUAAAAUUUUUGUUUGUGUGGGAAAACAACCGGUUGAUUAUUUAGUCCUGAACAUUUCUAGAUUACCACCAAAUGAUGUCUUGAGGUGGGAGCGAGUGUUUCAAGCUCUUGAAAAGAAGACAGCUGUAAAUGUGCUGGAUCACUCAAACAAUGGAACAUGGAACAAUAUAUCAUGCUUUACUGCCUGUUUAGUUCUGCAAAAAAUACAAAGUACAAAUAUUGUUUGUGUAUAGUGUAAGUGAAAGUGAAAGUAUUAUAACAACAAAAGCACUUAGAAUGUUUAUGUACUUAUUAUAUUGUAAUUAUAAAACAUUAAGCUUGUAUUGGCAUAACUUUUUUCUUUUUUUAUACCAUGUUGUCAAAUGCAGUAUACACAUUAAAUAGA